CUUGGAUUAUUGCAGCUGGGAGUAUUUUGAUCAGUUUGGCAUAAUUUGAAGGUAAUAUCAAACAACUCUGAACUGCCUUGUCUUGUUUUCAAAAAGUUAUCUCCUUGCCUAAAGAAAGAAUCAUGAAAUUCUUUUUUUAUUGGAAGCAGUUUUUGAAAAAAUACAUUCACUGUUCUUGUUAUUUUAAGAUGUAUUUGAAAUAUUGCAGCCUAGAAAUGUUGCAGUGUCCUUCCAGUAUACUAGCUCACAUAGUCAGUAACUCACACAUGUGCAAUAAAUCUAGUGCUUUCGAACACAAGGUGUGAAAGUGAGUUUACACUGGUCCCUCUGUGUGUACUGAUGCAGUGACCUGCAGAUGCACUCAGGCUGCUGAAAGCUGUAUUAGCCUUACUGUUUGAAGGGAAGUCCUCUAUAAUUACAGCAUUAUUAGAUGCAGACAGAGGAUGCAUUCAAGGUGCGUUUUGGUUCCUGGAGAUAUGCUCUGGAGUAAGGCUUGCAAUGAAGCCUAAAGUAAAUGCUAAGUAAUGAAAAAUCCUUGUUUCAUCUUACAAGAUGACCAAAAGUUGAGCUCAUAAUAAGUUGUGCAUUGUGCUCAACCUGCAGUCUGAUUUCAAUUUAUACGCCCUUUUUAUCUCUUUUGCAGACAACUACAAAAUAACCUUCAUACAUCAGCAGUAUUUUUCACCAUCAUGAAGAGGUCGCUUCCUUUCCCUGGCUGGGUCAGAGCAGCAAGUUUGGUCCUGUGUUUAACCCAGACCGCCCUGGCUAUGGUCCUCACCAACUCCACACACCUGGAGUCCAUCUUGGACAAGUACAAGGACAAAGACGAGGCGUGGUGGAGGGCCAGGUCGAGGGGGAGGAGGGCCAUCAGUGAGGGUGACAUGCACCUGAUCCUUAACCUGCACAACAAGCUGCGUGGUGAGGUCCACCCCCCUGCCUCCAACAUGGAGUACAUGGUAGGUGCUCAAGAUAGGGUUGUCUGUCAUGUAGAUAGGCUGAUUUGUUAUUUACAAAGACAGUUCAUACAGGCAUUGUUACCCUUAAUUAACCCUUCCAUGCAUGGAUCAUUAACACUAAUGUGAGGAGUUUUUUGUUGUGCAUGAAAUAGACUGGAAGUCAUGUUGAUGCUAGAGUUGCCAAUUCCCUGAAGAUAAAUGAGGAACACCUCACUUGCCUUCAUCUUUCCCUCCCGGUAUGGUGAAUUUUUUUAUGUGUGAGAAACAAUUUAAGUAGAUGCGUCCCUUUUCAGCUCAAUACAGGAUGCGUACUUUUGUUUCUAAAUACAGGAUGAUUCUGUUUCAUUCCGUUUCACAAGGGACAGUUGGCAACCCUAAUUGAUGCCUUUUUAUGUGAUUCAAAAGCAAACGAAACCAACACCACCAACAAUUUUGCCUUUCAGUUUUGCAUGAUGACAAGCACUAAUUGCCUACGAUUACCCUGCUGAGACAGUGAUGUGAUGGCCACUUAUUUCGGUCCACUUGUUGAAUGUGGUCAGGGAGUCAGCACAGAGCAAAAUCAGGUGUGUGCAAGCCUUAUUGCUCCUGACUGGGAAAGGGUGUGGGAAGCUUAUAUAUACUUGCUUCUAGAUAGAGUGUAACUUAAAUUGAGGUGUGAUUGAGGGACUCUCAAAAUUUGCUUGAGUAGGCUAUGUGCUAUCCUUGUCGGCCAAAAUGGUAGCAUAUUCUGGGUCCUGUUUCAACUAGCAGAUUCUCAGUAAUACAGGUCAAGCUCACUGUCAACCAUUGUGGCUAAAACACUUAUUAGAGUUUUCUUCAUGUGUUAUUUAUUUUUUAUGUCAUGUCAAUGUCAUUUAGCAGAUGCUUUUAUUCAAAGCGACAUACAUUUAAGAACAAGCAAAGAUCUUGACAAGAGGAAACAAGAUCAGUAAGAGCAACGAAGUGCUUCAGGUCCAAUUAAACGCAGGUACUAACCAGCAGUGUUAAAGGCAAUGCACAAAGUGUAUUGAGGAUCUUUUUUUUUUAUAACAUCAACAAUGAAGUAGCCAUUUGUCAGUGUGAGACCAACCAUCAUCACCAUCAAAUUAAAAUUGUCUUCACCAUGCUAAUGACCAAAGUACAAAGUACUGGGUCACUCACAAAGAACUGGGCACAAAAGCCCAGAAGUAGAGCAGGAUGUGUGAGUCAACUGUAGCUGAAGACUCAUUCAACCACUGAGGCAACAGUGGAGACUAGUCGAGCUAAGAGCUGGGUCUUAAGCUGUCUUUUGAAAGUAGAGCAGACUCCACAGAGCAAAUGGAGUCGGAUUAUUCAUUCCACCAUUUGGGUACUAUAGUAGAAAAGAGUCAGGCUAGUGACUUUGGGGCUUGAAGUACUGGAAGCACCAGGUGCUUUUCUGUGGCUGAGCACAGACCUGGAUGAGGGGUUCCUGGUAAACAGGAGCAGCUUUGGUUACUGCUUCGUGAGUAACGAUUAAAGUUCCCUUUCAGUCGAUUCACUCGGUACAACACAUAUAGUAUGGGAUAUCACGCCCCCGCGUGGCCUGACUGGAGACACCUUUAUUCACGCCUUUAAGGCAGAUGAUCUGUGGUGACAUCUGGGAGGCUCUGCCUGCACAUAUAUAUGUGUAACACCACAGUCAUCCUUCAGUUCUUACGCUCUUUACCUCGCUGAGAACACCUCCACCGAGUCGGGCUAACUAGCUGCUGCUAGCUUCGGCUUGUUUUGUCUGUGGCUACUUCCUGAUCCAUUUUAGCUUAACUGCCCCUGUUUGUGUUAGCCUGCGGCUACCCGCGGAGCACUAAUUUCGUUCAGCUUCUGCGUCUUGUAAUGAGCGCUGAGCCCAUGAAAGUGAAGGCGAAGUCUUCUGUUCGCCCCUGUUCUCAGGGGUGCGGCUUCUCCCUCCACGAGAAAGAUCUCCAUGAAGCUUGUCACGUUUGCGUGGUGAUUGUCCAUGCCAGGAGGGCGUUGGCUUGUGUGAGUCCUGUCACCGGCUUGGGAGCUCGACCCUGGGAAGGCCGGUCAAGUUUGUGGAGAAAAUAUUAGGAAAAAACGCUGUUGCGCUGCACAAUCCCUUCCUUUCCGAGUUCAGGGACCCGGCUUCGUCCGAGCCUGGUGGUGAGGACUUUCUGGUCGAUGGCUCAGUUGGAAACUGGGCAGACCAUGUGGAGUGUGCUGACGGGUCAGCUGGAUUUUAGCCGGGCCCCUCUGAGGGCGCUGGCCAGCCGCCAUCCGGGCUAGCUUGUUACUAGGAGGACGAUGACGUGCUGGACAUUGGCCUGGACGUGCAGGGCUUUUUGGAGGAUGAGCAGGAGCCAUUGUCUUCGGGUCAGUACACCGCUGCUUCUGCACCGGUUAACCUGGACGACACAUCCUUCCUCUCACUGUACCGCCGUGCAGCAACUGGAAGUAGAAUGGCCCUCUCCUCCAUCGGCUCAAAAACUGUCGCGGUUCUCUGGGUUUUUUCUCCCACCCGAACCGACGAUUGUAAAGAACAGUUUGCCCAUGUUCCCGGAUUUUGUCACGGAACUAACCUCGACAUGGAACAAGCCGCUGUCCACCCGCGCCACAGUGCCCAGUUGUGGACAGUUUUUGGAUCUGGAUGGAGCUGAAAAGCUGGUUUGGUGAACCCUCCGCCUAUGGAGGCGUCCAUGGCAGCCUAUCUGGCCCUGGCCCAAAAUUAUGGUGUCGGUGGCCCCGUCACACUCCCAUUCAAGCACUGCAGGUUUUCAGCAUCACAGCUGGAUAAGAUUUACAGGACACAGGCAAGUACAGCCCAUGCACUUUGCUCCGUCACCAUGCUUCAGACAUAUCAGGCUAUGUGUCUGGCAGAACUCGGCUCAAGAGUCAUGGCUUCCACGGUGGUGGCACAGAGGCACCUGUGGCUGACUCUCUCCGACGUUCCAGAGAGGGACAGAGCAGUUUAUCUUGACGAGCCUGUGUCGGCCAGUGGUUUGUUUGGGCAGUCCCUUGAUGCCAUUCAGGCUAAGUUUGAGCUCAGGAAGAAACAAACCAAAAAUUUGAGAACCAUCAUCCCCAGGCGUGAUGCGAGGCCCAAACAACAGAGUUAUCAGCACGCACCGGCACCGGCACCUUCCCCCAAGAGGACUGCAGUGACCGCCAGUUUGGGGCCCCAGCCGGUGAAGCGGCAUGUACCCGGUCAGAACCCACGCCCCUCGGCUUGGAACAAGGGUCCGCCACCGAGACUCCAGAGAGACUCGGUGCCCAGGAAGAAGAAGCAACAGUCAUCCUAGCUUCAGAUUCAACUCGAGAGGGGGCCCACCAGCACAGAGACACUGCCGCCCUUCAGUUUUUGCCGCCAAAGUGUGUCCACAGACACAUCCCUCUGUGUGAGGGCGCAGCACAAUGCAAGCUCCACAUCAAUUACCUGGAGCUAUUAGCUACCCUUUUAGCUCUGAAGCACUUUCGUCCCGUUCUGACAGGCCAUCAUGUUCUGAUCAGGACGGACAACACAACCGUGGUUUCCUACAUAAACAAGCAGGGAGGGACACGCUCUCUUCCCCUGUUAAAACUGUCUCACUGUCUGUUGCUAUGGUGCAGUGCUCAUUUUCUGUCCCUCAGAGCCACACAUAUUCUGGGUCACUUAAACCUUGGGCUGGACCUUCUCUCCAGGGGGGUCCUCUUGUGAGAGAGUGGAGAUUGCACCCACUAGUGGUGGCUCAGAUAUGGGACCGCUUCGGCAGGGCAGAAGUAGAUCUUUUUGCCUCCAGAGCAAAUACUCAUUGCCCCCUGUUCUUUUCCAUAACAGACUGCAAUACUUCCCUGGGACUGGAUGCACUAGCUUACCCAUAGCCCAACACGCUGCUAUAUGCAUUUCCCCCGGUGGAAAUGAUUCUGUCUGUUCUGGAGAGGGUGUGCCAGCAGGGGCUCUCCCUGAACCUGGUGGCUCCUCGGUGGUCGGUGAAGUCGUGGUACGCAGAGAUAAUCAGUCUGCUGGCAGCGAGGCCCUGGCAGCUCCCUUUUUGCAGGGACCUCCUCUCCCAGGCGGGAGGAGAGGUGAUUCACCCGCGCCCAGAAUUGUGUCGACUACAUGCUUACCUGUUGAAGGUCCAACUUAGGCCACUUUUAGAUGGAAACAGUCUCCAUCGAAAACGAAACAAUUUAGUUCCGUCCGAUUAGACGGCAACUGCAUUUUCAGUGCAUUUCUCUUGUACCCAGUUCACUCCGGAUGGAUCUAAGGUUACAUUGCGCCUAACUGCAGCGUAUUUGCCUAAGAUUAUCCUCACAGCCUAUAGCUCUAUGAGUUUUGAACUGCUCAGCUUCUGCCCCCCUCCAUUUGCACCUGAGUAGCAGAGGAGGUUGCAUUCCUUGUGCCCUGUGCGUGCACUACGUACUUACAUAGACCGCACUCAGAGUGUACAAGUGUAUGUUUAUGUGACCAGUUGUUUGUCUGUUUUGCUAAUCCAGCCAAGGGGAAGGCGCUGUCUAAGCAGCGGCUUUCCCACUGGAUUGUGGAGGCUAUCUCAUAUGGCAGCAGGGGUCUCCCGUUGCCCCAAGGUGUGAGGGCACAUUCAACCGGGGGAAUGGCGGCCUCAUGGGCCUUGUUUAAAGGGGUUUCUGUGGGUGAUAUCUGCACUGCAGCCAGUUGGUCAUCACUGCACACUUUUGUUCGGUUUUAUCGUUUGGAUGUGACAGCACCUUCAGUGGCUCACUCUGUCCAUUCUGCUGGGUCUACAAUGCACUAAAAGUUUUGGAGGUUUGACUUCGGUUCGGUGGCUGCUCUGUGGGGCGUGUAUAUAUGUCCCAUACUAUAUGUGUUGUACCAAGUGAAUCGACUGAAAGGGAACAAAAUGUUAUGAAUAUAACUUCUGUUCUCUGAAGGAGGUGAACGAGGUGCAACACUGGAUUGCCGCACUGCGCAGCUAGGCUCGGUGAAGAGUGGCUAUCGAACUGAAGGAUGACUGUGGUGUUACAUGUAUAUAUGUGCAGGCGGAGCCUCCCAGAUGUCACCACAGAUCAUCUGCCUUAAAGGUGUGAAUAAAGGUGUCUUCAGUCAGGCCACGCAGGGGCGUGAUAUCCCAUACUAUAUGUGUUACAUCUCGUUCCUCUCCUUCUGGGAACAAAAGUUAUAUUCAUAACAUUUCGUUUUGAAUUUGAUGUGAGCUACUGCAGGAACAGCUACCAGUGUAGGGAGAUGAACAGAGGAGUGACAUGAGCAGUCUUGGUCUGGUUGAAGACCAGACAUGCAGCUAUGGUCUGGAUCUUUGAAGAAGUUUAACUGUGCAUGCAGGGAGGCCUGCCAGUAAUGAGUUGCAAUAGUCAAUGCAUGAUGUGACAAGAGCCUUAACAAGGAGGUGGAAUUCUUUCCCAUUCUUGCGUGAUGUACAGCUUUAGUUGUUCAAUAGACCAGGGUCUCCGUCAUAUUUUACACUUCAUAAUGCACCACACAUUUUCCAAUGGAGACAGGUCUGGACAGGUCAGUCGAGUACCUGCACUCUUUUACUACAAAGCCAUGCUGUUGUAAUACGUGCAGAGCAUGGCUUGGCAUUGUCUUGCUGAAAUAAGCAAGGGCGUCCAUGAAAAAGACGUUGCUUUGAAGGCAGCAUAUGUUGCUCCAAAACCUGUAUGUACCUUUCAGGAUUAAUGUUGCCUUCACAGAUGUGUAACUUGCCCAUGCCUUUGGCACUAAUGCAUCCCCAUACCAUCACAGAUGCUGGCUUUUGAACUUUGCAUCCAUAACAGUCCGGAUGAUUCUUUUCCUCUUUGGCCCGGAGGACACAAUGUCCACUGUUUCCAACAACAAUUUUAAAUGUGGACUCAUCAGACCACAGAACACUUUUCACUUUGCAUCAGUCCAUCUUAGAUGAGCUCGGGCCCAGAGAAGCCGGCGGCGUUUCUGGAUGUUGUUGAUAAAUGGCUUUCGCUUUGGAAAGAAGAGUUUUAACUUGCACUUACAGAUGUAGCAACGGACUGUAUUUACGGACAGUGGUUUUCUAAAGUGUUCCGGAGCCCAUGUGGUGACAUCCUUUACACAUUGAUAUCGGUUUUUGAUACAGUCUCGCCUGAGGGAUCGAAGGUCACGGGCUUUCAAUGUUGGUUUCCGGCCGUGCCGCUUACGUGCAGUGAUUUCUCCAGAUUGUCUGAACCUUUUGACAAUAUUAUGGACCGUAGAUGUUGAAAUCCCUAAAUUCGUUGUUCUUAAACUGUUCGACUAUUUGCUUAUGCAGUUGUUCACAAAGUGGUGAACCUCGCCCCAUAACCUCAUUGAACCUCAUUGCUUGUGAAUGACUGAGAAUUUUGGAGGAAGCUGCUUUUAUACCCAAACAUGGCACCCACCUAUUUCCAAUUAGCCUGCUCACCUGUGGGCUGUUCCAAAUAGGUGUUUGAUGAGCAUUCCUCAAAUUCUCAGUAUUUUUUGCCACCCUUCCCAAAUUCUUUGGCACGUGUUGCUGCCAUCAAAUUCUAAAGUUAAUCAUUAUUUGCAAAAAAAAAAAAGUUUAUGAGUUUGAACAUUAAAUAUCUUGUCUCUGUUGUAUAUUCAAUUGAAUAUAGGCUGAAAAGGAUUUGCAAAUCAUUGUGUUCUGUUUUUAUUUACGUUUAUCACAAUUUCCCAACUUCAGUGGAAUUGGGUUUUGUACAAUACAUGAUACAAUAAGUUUUUAAGUGAUUCUAUAUAAUUUGCUGAUACAAUACAAAAUGAUAUGGUACAUCAUGAUUUGAUAUAGAAGAUACUGAUAAUGAUAUGUUAUAAUAUGAUAUAUGUGAUAGGACUUGAUACAAUACGUUAUGAUACAAUACACUAUGAUAUGAUGCAUUUUGUAACAAUGUGGUUCGUUAUUUGAUGUAUGAUAAAUUUGAUUGAUAUCAUAUGAUUCAUUAUGUCACAUUACAUUUUGCCCUUACAUAAUAGGUUAGGGUGCGAUAGAUUAUGGAACAAUAUAAUAUAAUACAAUGCACGAUAGUACCCAACACAGUGUGUAUAUGGCCUCUGAUAACAUUUUCACACAGUGAUAUCUAGUUAAUUGAAGACUGCAAAAUUUCUCCAAAAAGCUAAAGUGAAAGAGUAAUGUACUCAUUUACUUUACUUUGGUUUUACUGAGAUGUAGCAGUUACCAGUAAUUGUCUUGUGAAAGUCUGUAGCCCAUGACCCCACCCAUCAAAGUAAUUGCAGCUCUCUCCAACGUGCAUCCACCACCUCUUGUCUCAGGAUUUAUGGCUGGAAGAGUUUAUUUUUCUCAUGUAUUUAUUGACCACCCAAUAUCACCUUUUUAUGCUGUUGUCAUAUUUUUCUAACUUAUGGUUAUGUUACCUUACUGCCAUAAAAAAAGUCAAACAUGGAGUCAAAUGGACAAGGGAAUCUGCAUCAUUUUUUCAGUUGACCCAGCGAUGUUUGGGGACAGGGUAUCUGUACUUGUAUCAGGCAAGUCAGGACUACAAAAUUGUGUACUUAUGUAGCAUCUAGAGAAUCUGGACACACCCAGUAUAAUAUAUCAGUGUAGUACCUUCCUAACCUAACUCCAUGAGUUUAUCUCAGUAAGCAAAACACAGUAGAGUUAUAAAAAAAGAAAAAGGAAAAACAGAAGAGGUACAACUGUAAGCCAAAGCCUCAAUCUGGUAAGCUCGAGCUCUUGCCUCCUGCAUGCCCGCCCUCAAUGACCCUGGCCCAUAUCCAACUUUCUCCCCCGCAGUGUUGUCCUCCACUCCACCUAAACCCUCCCACCCUCCUUCCCUCCCUUCCUGUCCUGGGUCCACUUUCUCUGUCACUCCAUAUGCAGACUCUCCUUCUCCCCUUGCUUUGCUCUCAUGCCGUCUUUUUAGGGCCUCUCAAGCUCUCCCUCAAGAUUUUCUUCACCCUCCUCCAUCACCCUUUCACUCAUUCCCUUUCCCCCCUCGCUCUCCAUCCAUCCCAGCUCACUCAAACCCAGAGGGGGCUGGUGUUGUGUUUUAUUUGAUCCUCACUUCUCAUUUUAGGUGCCACAGCAGUGAAUCUGUUUAAAACAUGUCAAGCUUGGUUGUUUAAAGUGAGAGGCAGCGUAGUGUAAAUGUAUGUUAUGUAUACUAAUCCACUGUUUCUUUAGCAAGGGAUACUAUUACAGAUGAUAAUGAUGUGGUAAGACCAGGACUGUGUAUUUGGUUUUCAAAUUUCAGGAUUUGGAGGCCAAAGGAGCUACACUUCCCUAGAGAUUCAACAUUUAACUUCAACAUUUAAAAUUUUCUCCAAAAGGCUGUUCGGUUAAGGUCUUUAAAGUGCUGUUGCAUCUGAUUGUGAUAAAUCCUGUCUAGAUUUUUGGUUAAAUCACAAGCAUUUCAAUGUGAAACUUUUGCAUGCGUCUUGUUCCCAAAGUAAAACAUAAAGAUUUAAAGAAAUGCUGUAGCAUUGCACAUUUUUACUGAGUUAUAGAGAAGAAAUGGUUUUGACAGAUGGCUGCAAUAGGUCUUCAUUUUGGAUAGUUAAUGUCUUCAGGAAUGCAAAAGGAAAUUGGUCUAUGACCUUUCUUCAAAGGCUGGCAGGUGGUCCAUUUUCUUCUGUUGAAUAAUUGAGGGUGGAAAUAACAAGAAUUUGUCAAGAAUAAUGAGCUGGCACAGAUCAGUAGUACCAACACUAAAAAUAGGGAGAGAAAAAAAUACUAGUGAAAAUGCUAUGUGUGGACUUUAUUUCAUCAACACUACAGGCUCUGUCGACACUUGUGUUGACAGAAUCGGCUGGUGCAGUGACAUUUUCGUGCCCACCGGUGGUGUAGAAAGUGGGCUGAAAUCUCGCUGAUUCAAUCCCACAGUUUCAGGCACAUUGCUGUGUAAUAAAUAAUCAACGGCAACCAAUAUUUAGUGCAACUAUCUGAGUCAGCACAUACAUUUAGGUCUAUAUCAAUAUAUAUUCUGAUCUAUAUCUUAUCUGAUGAGCGUGUUUGGCACCUGUUUGACCCUCCACCUGACUGAAUUAACACAGCUGAAACUGCAUUAAAUUAAAUAUUCAGUUAACAGUCAGACAUGAUGAAGUUAACAAGAUAUUUAGUUCUUGCCCUGCCCCCUUUCUCUCUUCCUCUUCUUCCUCAUGCAGCUCGACCCGGACAGGUCUUUGUGUCCUCUCCCUCUCCCUCUCCUGCCGCAGCAGCAAGGUUGACCAGAUAUUUUGGUGAUCAGAUGAGUUAUGAACUUCGAAAAUUUGAACAAAAAAAUAAAAGAAACUUUCAUUCAAAACCAUCUGUUUAUCUAAUGUUUUCACAUCCUUAAAAUUCUGUGAAUAUUCAAUCUGGAUUCAGGCCCACAUAUACAAAUAUUAUAAUAUUCAGUUGCAUGAGCAAAGUUCAUUUUUUAUUCCAUUAGUGAAAGAAAGAGCCAAGCCACGGAGCAUGAUGCGUCCUUGGCACUGUGCGCACAACUCACCUUUGUCAUGUGGGGUUUUAAUAAAUGCAUCUUUAUGUGAGUGUCUUUAUUUGUGGAAAAGGAUGUUUGUCUUACCAGUGGGUACAACCUUAGACACACCAAAUCCCUCUAUGCUUAUUUUAGUAGGGUCUGUUUGGUGAAAAAUUGUUACACGGUGGAUAGAAGCAUGAAAUUUGGCACAUAUGUCCCUUAGGUCAUCCCAAAACAUCCUAGAAGGGGUGCCCAAAAAAAUGUCAAACAGGAAGUGAGUUAUUGACAAAAUUCAAAAUGGCCGCCUAAACAGGUGACAGUUUACUCCAAAAACACCUAAAGAAUGUCCAAAAAUCAUAAAGUUUGGCACAUGUGACCCUUGGGUCAUCCUGAGACAUCCUUGAAAUAGUGGCCAAAACAGGAAGUGGAUUAUUGACGAAAUUCAAAAUGGCCGCCUAAAGUGUUGCCGAUUGAUUCAAAUAGCCUAUUGAAUAUCAGAGAAGCAUACUAUUUGGCACAUAUGUCCCUAGGAUCUAUCUAUCUAUCUAUCUAUCUAUCUAUCUAUUUAUCUAUCUAUCUAUCUAUCUAUCUGAAUUGUGUCCCAUUGAGGCUGGAUCCAUCCAUCCAUCCAUCCAUCAUCCAUCCAUCUUCAUGUCUGUCUGUCUGUCAUCAUAUCUCUCAACCCAUCCUGAGUGGGCAUGCUACUGUCUGUCUGUCUGUCUGUCUGUCUGUUGUUUUGUCUUUUUCCCCUCUUUUCGUCUUUUAUUCUUUAUCUUUUUGCGAAGUGACUCACAUGUCCCAUUCACAUUUACCAGCACAAUGGCAUAAUGCUGUACAAGGUAAUCCAGCAUCCCGGCAUCGACACUUCCAAGAACAGAGGGGCUCAGCUUCGCAGCCACACUUAAGGAGUUCUCUGCAAACUUUGGCAGCUUCUGGCAAUCGUGUCCAUAGCGGUCUCCACAAAUCAUUGACUUUGGUCCAUCCAAAUUUGUCAGGAGAUGGUAGAGACUGGAUAGCUUUUAAGCUGUUGAACCAAAUCCUAGACUGAUAAACUGCUCGAUGUGCAUGCCGUAGCAAUGCAGCCUGUGUCGAAGGAAUGUUUUCCAUUGGCAGAGAUUUCUUAGCAAACAGGUCCUUUCUUAGGCCAUUGACAUUUUCAAUGUCAGUUGUCUUUUCGUACAGAACACAGGUGUAUCUUUCUAGUAAUGCAAGUGUCUUUGAUUUCACCAGUCACCUGCUAUGUCUCGGCUUAAAAAUAAGUUGUGCCUAUACAGUAUAUGAGUGCUGGAUCUAUGGUCAUAUAAAUUUGUCACAAUAUAUUACCUAUAUAUAAUCAUUCAUAGGGCCUACUAGAAGUAUUUUGAAAAACAAUUUUGUAUCUGGCAUCAACAAUAUAUCACUCACAGAAGGAUUAAUGUGUGAAGUCAUGUCUUUCAGAGUACAUUUUAAGCCAAUUUAUUCUCAUUUAAAAGGUCUUUAAAACAUAUUUUACACAUUUUUCUUGGGUGGCUUUGGCCAAAUCCUUUAUUAUUGGUCGAUUUACUAUAAAUGAAAAUCUAUAAUUAGCAGAUUAAGCCAAAAUUUCAGAAUUAGACCACAUCUUAGGAAUUAUGGUUCAUUUCUGGCGGCCAUUUUGGAUUUUCCCCUUUAAAAGACAUUUAAUGGGUCCAAAUUUUUGGGCACCCCUUCUGAGAUGAUGAGAUACACCCUAAAGAAUGUGCAUACCAAAUUUGGUGCUUUUAUCCACCGCAUAACGAUUUGGCCAUUUUUUCAAGUUAACAGACCCUACUAUUUAAGAGAGUGUGGAGGAUGCCCUGCAAUGCUUACUGCAACACUUGUUGAGUGGCUGCCUCCUGUUGCAAUCAUGUGGCUUUGCUGUCUUCAGCCAUCUCUUGAUGUCUUUGACUACUUCACGAAAAUUUGCGAUAUGCCUCGCCAGUGGCGUAUUUAAAGGUGAGGAGAGGAGCUGAUAUGAUUGGUGAAAACAGGACUCGGCUGUGUUAAACCACUCCACGCCUUAUCCCCUUCCUCUUUCCAACUCCAGCGCCGCACACCAAAACACCAAAGUGUUUGGUGUUUGGGCAUGCCUCAUCGGCACAGUGGACCUGACUUAUGCCGCGCCUACGCCACGCUGCCGGCGAGGCAUGAAUAUAGAGCCCUACCUGUAAAAGUGAGGAUCACAGUAUUAUUCGAAAGCAGGGUUUGGGGUUCAGUGGGCUUUUAGCAGAGCUUUAAAUUCAAGGUUGUCCUCAGAUGGUGGAAAAAAAAGCUGUGUGAAUAAUUUUAAAUUGAGUUUAGAAAAAAGUUCAGUAAGUCCUCCUCAUGUUUUGUUAAAAGAUGGUGUCAUCUGCUGAUCAGUCCAUCUUUAUAUCAUCCAUCCAUCCAUCCAUCCACCAGUUCAGUAACCCAUUUUUUUAGUCCAUUCUCCCCUCCAUCUGUCUCUUGCUUCAUAUAUUGGUCUAUCCAUCCAGUGAUCAUUUUCUUUGGUUUCUUUUUUACAUCAUCACUUGCUCUAUAGAUAUUUCCAUUCAUCAAUGAUCCAUCUAUUCAUCACACCAUUGAUGAUCCAUAUAUCUUUCCAUCUAUUGAUUCAUCUUCCUAUCCACGCAUUGAUCCAUCCAUCAGUCCAUUCAUCUGUCAUGCCACCCAUCAAUCUAUUCUUACAUGCAUUGAUCCAUUUUUUUAUCCACCUACAUCUAUCCAUCAUGUCAUCAUCACUUAAUUCAUCCAUCCAUCCAUCCAUCUAACCAGCAACCUUUCAAUAUGCAUCCACCCACGUGGCCGUUUACCCAUUCAUUCAUUGAACAAUCUUUCCAUCCAUCUUUCAUUUCAUAUCUUCAUCAUCCAUUAUUUUUUCUGUCUGUUGUCUUGUAUUUAUCCAUCUAUCUGUACACCCAUCCUUCCAUCCAUCAAUUCAUUGAUUCUCCAUUUCUCCAUCCCUCCAUCUUUCCAUUGAUCAAUCCAUCCAUCUACCAUCAGCUGACCCAUCAGUCCUCAUUAAUCUGUCUAUGAAUACAUCAAUUCAUCCAUCCAUUAUCAGUUCCUUGUUUUAGUCCAAUAACCCAACCCUUCAUUGGUUGAGGAUGCACAGUAAAGGCAUCAGAAGCCACGUAGACAGCCAUAAAUAAGGCCAGGCAAAAGAAAAAUGUUUCCAACCUGCUUAAAAAAAGACAGUUUUGGUUUGAAUACCUUAUCACUCUAUCUACACACACAUCAAGGGUGGUCAUUUUUGAUAUCACUGGUUGGUUUUGUAGAUCAUAAGUUUUAAAUUAUUUGCAGUAUGGCUGGCAGGUGGGUACACCGUAGCUGUAAGCAAGGGCACUAAAGGCCCCCCUCAGCUGAAAACUAGGUUGUGUCAGCAUGCUUAUUAUGGGAACCAUCUCUAAUGGGUGUCACAACAAAUGGGAAACAACAGUGAGACAAUAUUAUGUUUUAUCCAGUCUAUGACUCUUACCAGAAUAGCCCCUUAUAUUACUCUAACUCACCAUGUUUGUGGUCUAAAGGACCAGAAAAGGUAACCAAUUCUCAGUGUCUUAGACAACCGUCAUUGGAUUCAAUUUCACUGAAACACACAAAACCCUCUGCUGAGAAUAGUUUUCCAUAUAAUGCCAACAGAACAAUCUCAAGAUAAACACAAAGUACACAACCCCCUAAAUUGUACUGAAAAGUGUUCUACCCAACAACAACAAUAUAAUCUUUUAUGAUGGGUAUAUAUAAUAUCAUAUGGCAAGCAUGCAGGAGGUUAGUGCAGAAAUUUGCUGCAGUGUUUACAUCCACAGCCGCAGCUGGACUGUGGCCAAAGAAGUCAAAAUAUCUCUUUCUCAGUCAGGCCUGAACAAUAAACAGCACCAGAGUGAGUGGGCAACAGUGGGCACAGUGUGUUAGCUGUACCAAACAUAUGGAAUGGAUUAUGGUAGUCAAUCAUAGCAGUUAUAACCCAACACCAAAGCAUUAUCCCAUUAGUUUUGAUGUGUGAUAGCUAUAAUGCAACCAAACAGAAUGCCAACAGUGGAACACACUGCACUCAUUCUUCUCCAACCCCACUAAAGUCUGCAGUAUAUUACUCUUGCCACAGCAUUUGAACAGCAAAAUUCAACUGCCCUGGUAUGAUUUCCUGCUUUGUUCAAAUCAAGAGGUGUGGAAAUUGUGCUCAGGUAUUUUCAAAUCAAGUUUUUACAGUAAAGUAGAACAAAAGCGCUCUGUUUUGGUUGCUUUCAUGACCGUUUUUUUUCUAUCCUUGCUUGUUUUAUGAGACGAAAACUUACUGGAAAACAGCUCUGAAACAACCACAUUGGAUGGCCGCAAGUUGAUGUGGUAGUGAUACCUCUCUGUUUCCCUCUUCUCUCAUGUAUGUGUCUGUGUGUAAGACAGUGGAUGUGUGUGUUUAAUAGGAGAGGCCUAGUUUUGGCUAUACUGUGUUAAAUUUGCGAGAGGUGUGUGUACAGGUACUGUACUUUAAAGCAAAGAGCAGGUUCAUUUCUCAGGUUCACCUUACCUUCAGAAUGUGAGGUUACUUUCAGGUUAGUUUUAGUGGAAUUUGUGGUUACUUAACUCCCAUGGGAGAAGAUGAUGAGAAUAUAAAAAGAAAAAAAAAAAAGUUAAUGAGCUGCAAUCAAUGCUUCUACUACGCUAAAUGGCCACUUAGUCUGCUUUAUUCAUGUGGGUAUCCAGAGUGGAGUUGCAUGUUUGCAAACAUCAGUCAGAGGCAAAGCUGUUUUGGAAAAAAAAAAAAAGUCAGUGGACAUCAGAGAGGCAGCUUAUGCUCCCUGCAGCUCUCAAGUGUAAAAAAAAAAAAAAAAAAACACGGGAGACUCACCCCAGCUGACCCUCAGACCUGGCCUUUUAGAUUUUAUCUGUAGCAAACAUCCUUCUAACCUAUAUUUUUUUGUGCCUUUCUGUCUCUGUGUGUGCAUGCGUGCUAUAUACAGGUUUGGGAUUAUGAAUUAGAGAGGAGUGCAGAGCACUGGGCACAUACCUGCCGAUGGGAACAUGGACCGAGCCACAUGUUGACACAAAUAGGUCAAAACCUCGGAGCACACUGGGGCAGGUGUGUAUUACAACUGGAAACAUUCAAAAGAAAAGUGUAUCAUGUCAUGGUGGUAAGAAUAAUAGAGUUUUUGUGUUAUUUUAACUUGGAGUGAAAGUCACAACCCCCAACCAAUUACUUUGCCUGGUCACAGAAGUUGUCUUGUGGCAUUUCUGUUUCCCUUACUAGUGACUGUUAUAUACUCUUUAAUGAUAUCCAAAGAAAAAGGAAAUGAUUGGUGACAAGAUGGAUGAUUCUUAUAUCCCAAUGUUCAAUGCCUGAAACCAAUGUAAGGGUGUAAGGGUUAAGUGUCAGUCGGCAGCUGAAAAAGUAGCCUUCUUUUUAUUGUUUCCUCGUAAAAUAUUCUUAAUAUAUCAUAACUUUUGAUGUCAGCACAAUGAUAUAUUUUUGUUAAAAAUAACUACUUAAAACAUAAAGAGGCCAAAAAAUUGCAAAAACUGAAUUAGCCAAAGGGGGCACCACAUUAAAGGUCUCCAAUUAUGGCAUUUUUCAUCAAGUUUCAAUUGGUCCCAGAGGUCCCACAAUAGUAAAUUUGAAGUCUGUCCAAAACACCAGUUUCUUUGUGGAUAUCAGCCAGCCUGUACCCCCUCUUUUUGAGCUCCACUGAGAACGGGCUGAUUCUGCACCUGUACUUUUAAAUGACGAUGAGCUGUGUGUAACCACGCUCUUCCUCCCCAAGGCCACUCUGAGCUGCCGGCACCACCACGGUGGUCCAGGAGCAGUGGUCUGGAGGUCCUCUGAGGACCUCUUCAGAGGACCUUCACACCACCGCGCCUGGAAGCACCAGCCUGCCUCCUAACCCCAGAGGAACACCUGCUCCUCACGGGAAUAAAAGUAAAUAUAAGCGAGUCCAAAAACGAAUACCAAUGAUUGUAAACACAUGGAAUUGCAGCCAAAGCACUAGUCAUAUGGGUGGCGGUAAAGCAACAUAAAAUGGUAAAACUUGCAGCUUCCACAUUCGAAGUUGGGUCCCUGACACGUAUCCAGGUUUUAUCUUCAGCUUCUUAGUGAAUCCGUGGUAAAAUGGUUAGCAUACAUACAAGAUUUUCGGAGUUGUUGUGGGUCGAUUUCCAUCAAAACUAAAAUUAAUCCUCUGGGUCCUCAAAUCUUCCAACAAAAGAGGCAGAAAUUGACCCAUGCCUUCAUUUGUGCAGUCAAGAACCAAGCAGCAGCUUGGUCAAAGCUUCGACAUGGUUGCUGUACCGGAGCGUGUAUGCUUAAGCGAAGAAGUUUUAGAGGACUGGGCUAAGGAUUAAGGGGGGGUGCCACCAACAUGUAGGAGGGGCUUAUGCAGUUAUGUUGUCAUAACCGCACAGCUUUUCCAUCAGCCCACGUUUUCAAAAAGGAGGGGAAAGCAAGAGAGGGAGAGAAUGAAAUUUUUUUCAAUGUUGGAGGGGCUGCCAGAUUUGAGGGGAUGCAUAUUAUUGGGAGAGAACCACCCAAAAGUGGGUUUUUAUAAUAGGGGGCCUUAAAAACAAACCAAAGUGUCUAUGUAGGUCAUCCAGGUCAUAGUUAUCCAAUUCUUCCUUGACAGGGUAACUGGAUUUGUUUGAGGUUCUUGAAGUUGUUUCUUCAGUUCCUCACAGAAGCUUUAAAGCUCUCUAUUUACAUCAUAUUUUCUUUUGUUCAAUGCAUUCAUUACAGAAAAUGUAGCAGUAGAUGGAAAUCAUGUCUUAGCAUUUUUUCCCAAAAAUGUUUGUGUAAUUUCUCCUCCACAUGAACCCCAUAUAGGCUGCUGUUGCCUGUAUAUAUAAAAAGUCUACACACCCCUGUUCAACUGCCAGGUUUUCGUGAUGUAAGAAAAUGACAGCAAGAUAAAUAUUUUCACACCUUUAACAUCUAAUAUGACCUAUAACCUGUACAAUGUGCAAUUGAAAAACACGCCGAAACCUUUAAGUGUCAAAGGGGUGUGGAUGUAGGACCCAAGUGCAGCACAACGGCAGGUAGUUGUUUAGAAGCUACUUUUAUUGCAACAGUUUACAGCAGACAGGUAUUUCAGAAGGGAACUGAAAAUACUGGGAUCGAUUUAGCAGUCUCUGUAGAAUCUCCAAGACCAACAGGAAACAGGUCCAACAGGCAGAAAGGUGAGUGCACACGGAAAACAUACUACACCUGACAGUCUUUGCGACGUGCAGCGGCACUGUCGAGGGGCAGGCUGGGCUCGUGGUCGAAGCGGAGGCAAUGUCGAAUCCAGGCAGACAAUCAGCGGGGCAGACUAAUUCCAGAGGGAUCAGACGGAAGGAUAGUCGUGGACAGGCAGUAGGUCGGGAAGCCAGCAACACAGCGAAAUCUGAAUUUCUCACCGGAGCGAAGAAACUUGACAGGGGAUCCAAGGGCUGAGACGAUAAGACGUGGUCAGAGACAAGCAGGAGUCGAAACCGAGAAGUCAAUCCGAGAAAUAAUGCUGGAGAGUCGUACAUGCUGCGAAGACAACCUGGCACUGAAUGAGGGACACAGAGUGACUUAAAUACUGGCUGGCUAAUCAGCAGUGAGGAGCUGCAGCUUGUCAUUCACAGGUGUGGGGAAUCAGCGCUGAUGAGGAGGUGUGGCAGGGAGGUGAGUGAGAGUCAGCCUGAGAAACACAGCAGAGUGUGACAUUAAGGGGAAAAAUAAAAACUAGAAAAGUUAAAAUAACCUGGUUGCAUAAAUAUGCACACCCUUAAACUAAUACUUUGUUGUAGCACCUUUGGCUUUUAUCACAACACUCAGUCUUUUUGGGUAGGAGUCUACCAGUGUGACACAUCUUGAUGUGACAAUAUUUGCCCACUCUUCUUUGCAAAACCGCUCCAAAUCUGACAGAUUGCGAGUGCAUCUCCUAUGCACAUCCCUCUUCAGAUCACCCCACAAAUGUUCGAUGGGAUUUAGGUCUGGGCUCUGGCUGGGCCAUUCCAAAGUCUCAAUCUCAUUCCGGUGAAGCCAUUCUUCAGCUGAACUUUAUUUGGGGUUGAUCAGAUGCACUUUAAUUGGUAACAGGUGUGUGCUGACUCCAAUUUAACCUGAGUUUGAAUGUUAUUGGUUAAAUCUGAACACAGACAUAUCCCCAGUUAUUAAAGUGUGCACACUUAUGCAACCACAUGAUCUCAGUUGUUUAUUUUUACUUCACCUCCCUGAAAGAUUUCUGUUUGUCUUUCAAUUGUGUUGUACAGGUUUUAGGUCAAAUUAAAGGAGGAAGAAGUUGGGAAAUUAUUUAUCAUGAUUAAUUUUUUUUACAUGACAAAAACCUGGCAGUUGAACAGGGGUGUGUAGACUUUUUAUAUCCACUGUAUGUAUAUAUAUAUAUGUAUAUAUGUAUAUGUGUGUGUGUGUGUGUGUGUCUGUCUGUGUGUCUGUGUGUAUUUACAGUUGCAUCUCAAUAAAUUAGAAUAUUGUGGAAAAGUUCAUUAAUUUCAACAGUUCAAUUUAAAAAGUAAAAAUAAUACCUUAUAUAGAUUAAUGAGACACAGACUGAAAUAUUCCAUGGCAUUAUUCUGUUUAGUUGUAAUAAUUAUAUCUUAUAUUUUAUGAAAACCCAAAUUCAGUAUCUCAAAAAAGUGGAAUAUUCCAUCAGACCAAUUAAAAAAAUGAUUUUUUAACUCAGAAUUGUUGGUCUUCUGGAAAAUAUGUCCUCUUAGUUGUACUCAGUACUAGGUUGGGGCUCCUUCUACCUGAUUUACUGCCUCAAUUCGGCAUGGCAUGGAGGCAAUCAGGCUGUGGCACUGCUGCUGUGUAAUGGAAACCCAGGCUGCCUUCAUAGCUGCCCUCAGUUCAUCUGCGUUCUUAGGCCUAAUAUUGCUCAUCUUCCUCUUGACGAUAUCCCAUAGAUUCUCUAUGGGGUUGAAGUCUGGCGAGUUUGCUGGCCAGUCAAGCACAGUAACCUUGGGUCAAUGAACUAGCUUUUGGUGCUUUUAGCUGUGUGGGCAGGUGCCAAAUCCUGCUGAAUAAUGAAAUCAACGUCUUCAUAAAGCUCUUCAGUAGAGGAAAGCAUUAAGUGCCCUAAAAUCUUGUUAAAACAACUGGUAAACAACUGCGCUGACUUAAGAUUUUAGAGAACACAGUGGACCAACACCAGCAGAUGAUGUUGCACCCCAAAUCACCUCUGACUGUGGAAACUUUACACUGGACUCCAAGCAACUUGGAUUAUGUGCCUCGCCACUCUUACUCUGGACUCUGGGUUAGUUGGUUUCUAAAUGUAAUGCAAAACUUGCUUUCAUCUGAAAAGUGGACUUUUGACCACUGGGCAGUAGUCCAGUUCUUCUUCUCCUUAGCCCAGGUAAGAUGCCUCUGAUAUUGUCUCUGGUUGAGCAGUGGCUUAAAAAGAGGAAUGGGAUAGUUGAAGCCUAAUUCUUCGACUUGUCUGUGUGUGGUGGCUCUUGAUGCCCUGACUCCAGUUUUAGUCCUCUGUUUGUGAAGUUCACUUGACAACUUUCAGGUCAGCAGUCUUCCCCAUGGUAGGGGAGCCACUGGACCAGGCCUAAAGACCAUUUAAGGGCUUGGGAAACCUUUGCAGGUGUUUGGAGUUAAUUAGCUGAUUAGAGUUUGACAUAAUUAAGUUAAAUUAGUGAACUUUUUCACAAUGUUCUAAUUUUUUAAGAUACUGAAUUUUGGGUUUUCAUUAAAUUAAAGCCACAAUCAUUACAGUUAAAAGAAAAAAGGCCAUGGAAUAUUUCAUUCCAUGAACCUAUAUCAGGUUAAGUUUCAGUUUUUGAAUUGAACUGUUGAAAUAAAUGAACUUUUCCAUGAUAAUAUAAUUUAUUGAGGUGCACCUGUGUGUGUGUGUGUGUGUGUGUGUGUGUGUGUGUGUGUGUGUGUGUGUGUGUGUGUGUGUGUGUGUGUGUGUGUGUGUGUGUAUGUAUGUAUGUGUAUAUAUAUAUAUAUAUAUAUAUAUAUGUACUUGAUUUGACAAUAGGAUUCAGUGUAAUAGCUUUUCUUUCACUUUAGGGACCGCCCCCCUACCUUUCAUGUCCAGGCCUGGUACGAUGAAGUGAGAUACUACAGCUAUCCCUACUCCCAGGAGUGCAACCCACACUGUCCAUUUAGAUGUUCAGGACCUGUUUGUACUCACUAUACUCAGGUAAGGGCAUCGGUUUUUAAAGGUUUUCUAGGAUGAAGAUACUAGGUUAUUAUGGAUGUUUUUUUUUUUUUUUUAAUGAAUUUGUGUUACUGACAAAAGACGUAUGUAUUUUUUUUUCUAAACUUAUUCUGGUUUUGUUCUCUGAGGCCCAUUCCACAAAAUCAAACAGAGAAUAGGUUCUUAUUUAUUUUAUUUUGUUUUAUUUUAUUUAUUUAUUUUAUUAUUAUUUUAUUUUUUAUUUUUUUUAUUUAUUUAUUUAUUUUUUUUUGGGGGGGGGCUUCAUUUCUUAAAACUAGAGGUGGCUGCUCAUUAUAUACAGUCUAUGCUGCUUAGUAGUAACUAGCUGAAAGGGAACAUGCCACCAACCACUUAAGUGAAGUGAAGGUAGACCUACUUCUAUCAAUAAUUUCAUUCUUGCUCAGUUCUUGUAAACAGAGACAGAGAUAGUAGUCCUGUUAAAAGGUGGGGUAGGCAGAAUCUGAGGAAGUGCCAGUUUUUGGGAGACAUCUUGAAUGUAAACACUACCCCUCCCAACCAGUUUUCGCUUCAGCUCCUCCUCUCCCCUCCCUCUCAGCUCCAGCAAGCCCCACCCACAAACAGACGCUCCUGCAUAAAUUUAGAUAUAAUGCAGAUAAUUACUUCAGAUAAUUACAAAUGGGGCCCAGUCAACGUGAAAGUAAAAUGCUUUGGUGCUACUGUAGAUGCCAACAGACUACCGGCAAACACAAUGUUUGCAGGACUUCUACAACUUGGAUGAAGUGACAUAGUCCAGGACCCGAGGUAAACAGUUUUGCGGCGCUACAACACACAAGUCAUGUUUGACAAGAAACAUUUCUGUUACGAACUUUCUUUGGGCUUGUGCAAGUCACUGGAGGACGUGGAGAGUGCCUCACAACACAAGGAACAGUGUCUGCCUCACUACCAAUCAGGUCGGGAAGGUGGAGAAUGACUUUGUUUACAGUCAGAAGUGGGCCACUCAAAAAGUUUAAAAUGCUGACUACACAGACAUAACAAAACACACUGAUAUCAUUAUAUUACCAAAUGUCGUCAAUAACUAAUAACUAUCUGACAUUAAAAGGUUUUUUGUAUAUACACCACGAAAAAAGAGGCUUCUUUAAUGGAAUCCUGCCUACCCCACCUUUAAUCAUUGAAUCAAGCUAUGAUCAUAGUUCAACUUAACUGUGCAUGUAAACACACUGAUUUUGAAGGCAACAGCCAAAGUGACAAGUCUACCCCCUGCUUUACUUCAUUUGCAUUUCAAUUUUCAGUUGGUGUGGGCAACCAGCAACCGCAUCGGCUGUGCCAUCAAUGUUUGUUACAACAUGAACGUGUGGGGGAUGAUCUGGGCCAAAGCAGUCUAUCUGGUCUGCAACUACUCUCCUCCGUAAGUUUAAACUGGGAUAUGCCCCCCCCCCCCCCCCAAUCAAUCAUACAACAAUAAUGUACUUAUCUUGUCUUGUACUAUCUUGUACUUAGCCUUGUCUUUAAAAUAUGUUAGAAUCUUUUCUUCAGACCGUAAUUUGUGAUGGAGAUCUUGUUUUAAAUCAAAUUUCAUGAAGGACGGAGGAAAAAAGGAACAGGCUUUAGACUAUCAAUAUUGUUGAAUGUACAGCCCCAGCUUUAACCAGAUUUUGUGAAUAUGUAACAACCUUUUCAUCAAUAAUAGAGGAGAAGAGGUGAAAUGUUAAUAUAUUGAAUAUGAAAUAACAAUUUUAUCACUUCUUUUCAGGGGCAACUGGUGGGGUCAUGCUCCAUACAAAUAUGGAGCUCCCUGUUCUGCUUGUCCUGCCAGUUAUGGUGGAGGCUGCAGAGACAACCUCUGCUACAAAGGUGGGUUUGGGGCCUUUUUUUUUGUCCUGGCAUUUCUCAUUAUCUUGCUUACCUUUGUCCCUACAAAAGUUUAAAAGGCAUAAACAGUGUAACAUAGCAGAUACUCCUCAUUAUUCUGUCAUGUUUUAUAUGUCCUGUGUAUUAUUUGAAUGCAAAUAUAUGUGUGAACCCUCCCUAUAACAUUAGAGACAAAGGAAACAGCUGAUGAGACAACACCACAAACAAUCUAUUUCCAUGUUUUUAGAGGGAGGUGUUGAGAGGCGGCCCGCUCCUGAGACUGAGGAGACAAACUACAUUGAACCUGAACCAGAGCCAGUGAGGGACAGGGAGCCCCAGCCCCAAGCACGGACACCAGACCCCUCCUCGAAUGACAACGUGGAGAGAAACCAGGUUGUGAGCACAGAACAGAUGUGUAAGUACUCAUCUUUUAUUGCAACACAGCAGACUACAGAAGUGGCUACAUUUUACACUCUGUCCUUAUUUAGGGGCCUUUAUUGUAUUCAGCCAUGUCCAAAUAUUGAUGAAUAAAAUUUUCACUUUCUCAAGUGACGAGUGAAGCAGGUAAUAUACUGAAAGGACUAACAGUCAGCAGAAACAGAGUAUGCAUAAGUGAAUCUGUAGCCUGCACACAAUUUGAGCAAGAAGAGCAACGAUCGCCAUGACAGUCCCAUACAUUGAUCAGCAUAAAGUCUAGUCCACAUUAAUUCAAUUAGGUAUGGAGAGGAUUCCGCUAUGCUGGUUAUUGCUUAUAAAUGGAAAUUCAAGUUGGAGUGAUGUUGACAACUAAAGUCUUUUAUCGAUCACUUACAGGAUAUUAUACAGUAUAACUUUAUAACAAUAAAUAACACAUGGACUGCAGUGUUGAUGCAUCUCCAUACAUGUCUGAAAACACUGAUAUGUAUAUAUAUAUAAUUUGCUGGAUACAGAGUGACUUAAAGUCAGUGACGACUGGAGGACCAGCCGUUUAGCGUAGUACAGGAUAAAGGCUUCGUAAAUCUGAUGAAACACCCUACUUGGUAAUUUGUACCGUGGACUCAGGUGUUUCGUCAGAUUUACGAAGCCUUUAUCCUGUACUACGCUAAACGGCUGGUCCUCCAGUGCCACGAACUCCAUUAUUUUCCUAGUGGUGGCUUUGGACUUUUCAGUGUUGAUGUCGAACAUAGGAGCCACGGCGGAGGGUUGUUGUGGUCGCUGCGACUCUGCUGCAUCCCUCCUCUUAGCGGCAGUGUAUUCCUUAUAUUUGCUAAACAAGCCUGGGUGCUUCUUUUCCAAGUGACGUAUUAAGUUUGUUGUUCCAAAUGUCUUAGGCGUUGAUCCUCCACGGCUGACUUUUGACUUGCAAGCAUUACAAACAGCGUGUUUUGGGUCGCUCUGGCACACAGUGUCAAAUCAACGACAUGUUUUCCUCCUGAGUCUUGCUAAUUUUUAGCAGUUUUGCCCGGAGCUGAUACGCACAGCGCAUGCGGGUCAGUUUGCUCGGGGAAAACCGGCAAAUUACGACAGUGACCGGCCGGUCACCGGUUGGGGCCGGUUGGAUAUAAAACCGGCUUUUUAAAUCGGCGGCCGAUUAAUCGGUGCAUCUCUAAUUUGAAGUAAAUUGUUGGUAUUUGAGAAAGAUUUAAAAUCCGGCUCCUGGACCAGGGCUUAAAACAAUAUAAGUAUAGGAUCAACUCCUCCCACACCUGGGCAUUUUUCCUCAGCAACCACUAAAGCCACAUUAUGUUUGGCUCGCUGGUCAGCUGCCCCCUAGAGUCCCACAGGCCAACAAGGCCUGAUAGGACACUCUUUCAGCUUGAUGGCCCCCCUCACAGCUGGUGUCCACCAAUAAGCUUGGGUAUUAGCGCCACAACAGGCACUGACCACCUUUCUGGUAAGAUAAGAAGUUUAUUCAAUAAUGUUGAUGGAUUUCAAUGAAAAACAGACUCAACCCACAGGUUAAAGUUAGAUAACUUGUUGAGGAUGUCUGUCCAUGGAGAACCCUGCUCUUGCUCCAGUUUAAAGUCAAUGUGGCUCGCCCAUCCUCACUAUGAACAAAUAAGAGGUUGAUCCAUUCAGAUUAUCAUAAAGAGGGGAAGAAUAUUUGAGGAGCAGCAGCAGCUUUACUCAAGAGUCAGUCUGAACAUUGAAAGUCAGUGAGUGAACAAAAACUUGUCUCUGUAUCAUUAAGAUUUCAGAGAAAGAUCUCAUGCAUGCUCUUUAAAAGCAGCUUAAAUGAUACAGAAUACUUAUGGGCUGAUCAAAAUCAAACUCUUCCUCUGCUCCAGGGUGUGUGUUUCUGCAUGGCAAAGAAAAAAAAAAAAAAGCAAAACAGAGGACUGCAGCUCUAAACUAAACGUUGACUGUAUCAAAGUUAUGUUUCGAAAAACUUAGAUGUUGUUUGUUUUACAGGCCAACAAGUGGAGUGUGAGACCAAACUAAGAGAUCAGUGCAAAGGAACCACAUGUAACAGGUGAGGUGACACUGUGACUGUGGGGUUUCACAUGAUGUGUGAUAUCAUUUGUUCAGUUUUCAGAAACAGUGAACAUAAAUAGAUGGGAGUUGUAGCAUUGCGUGCUUUUGUUGAAAACAUUGGUGCUAAGCUGUUUUCAUAUUUAUUUGUGUUGCUGUCACAGAUACGAGUGUCCGCCUGGCUGCCUUGACAGGCCUGGAAAAGUUGUUGGAACAGGAUAUUAUGACAUGGUAAGAGUACAACAUACCUCAUGAGGUGGCUCUGUCAUCAUAACCUAAAUUUUGUUCCUAUAUUGUGUUCAUAUUGUGUUUUUGUGUGUUACUGCAGCAAUCCAGUGUGUGUGGUGCAGCUUUACACUCUGGUGUUAUUGACAAUGAUGGCGGGUGGCUGGAUGUCACCAGACUGGGAAGAAAACAGCAAUUCAACAAAUCCUACAAAAAUGGGGUUCAGUCUCUGGGGUACAAAUCAUUUUUAUUUUUAAAGCUUAAAGUAUGAUAGCCGUGUAAAAGUAUUACUCUGGGUGUAGUUCCAAUUGUUGGAUUUGUUCAACCAGUGAUACAGACCUCGGCUGACUUUAGUUUUCUUUUACCUCACAGGAAAAACAGGAGUGCGAACUCCUUUAAAGUAGAUUCAGUACCUGGUAAGACACACUGAAUUAUUUGUGUUGAUGCUGACACUAAUAAAGCAAAAUGUCUGCUCAAAGAAAAAACAAACAAACAAAAAAAAACUUGUGUUUUUGUUUUCUCACAGUGAAGGCAGUAACAUGUGAUACCACCGUGGCACUUUUCUGCCCCUUCAAGAAACCUGUAAGGCACUGUCCCAGGUGAGCAGUGCUGACUCGAGCAUCUUAUUGUUGGGUUGAACAGAAGCAUGUGACUAUUAGUUUUAUAAGGAAUGAUUAUCCAGCAUUCAGAAGUAUUGUUUAAUUUGACUGACAUGACAUAGGCAAAUGAUAAUGUUACAAAAUAGCAGAGAAUUGUAUGAAAGCAAUUGAGCAUGUUUGAAAGCAUUUCAAUUUGAUGUAAGGAAUGAGAAACUGCUGCUAUGAUGUGCACAAAUGACUCGAUGUUGAGGAGGUCGAACGAACAGUUAUGUGAAGUUGAAUUCUAAACUGAGAAAUGCACCAAAAACUAGAUUGCUUUUUAAGCAAAUAUUCACUCAUUUUGAAUUUGAUGCCUGAAACGUGUUCCAAAAAAGUUUGUAUGUUAUGUGUUUUUUUGUUGGUCAUGUUGGUGUAAAUAUCAGCUGAUAAAACAACAUUAUAAGAAUAAGAGAAUAACUACCUAUCCUCGAAGGGAAAUUCAUUCAUGAGAUUUGAUUUUUUAUCAAUUUAUGACCUCAAGUGUUUUAUCACUUUUAAAUGAGAAGCAGCAAAAAGUAAGCAGUUAAAAAAAAAAAAAAAGAAAAAAGAAUAGCAGACAGAUUAGUGUUUUGUUGUUGUUGUUAUGUGUUUAACUUGACGGUAGUGCAGAGGUUAGUACUGUAGCCUCAAACCAAGUAGGUUCUUGUUUUCAGAUCACUUGUCUGGUACGGGCCUUUCUGUGAGGAGUUUGUAUGUUCUCCCUGUGAGAAAUGCACCAAAGCAAUUGAAGAAAACUGUAACUGUUGGACUUUUUAAAUCUGGACUUUUUUGUUAGUAUCAUGUCUGGGAGGGAUUAUUUUCCUCAGCGAUAUGCCUUGUAUAUGAUGAAAGACAUAAAAAUGACCUGACCUGAUCUGAUGUGAUUAGCAUUACCAAGGAAAAAAGUAGUUUUAAAUAAGAUGUAUUGAUUUAUCUUCAUGGGCAGCACAGUGGUGUAGUGGUUAGCACUGUCGCCUCACAGCAAGAAGGUCCUGGGUCUGAUCCGGGUAAGGGCAUUUCUGUGUGGAGUUUGCAUGUUCUCCCUGUGUCUGCGUGGGUUUACUCCGGGUACUCCAGUUUCCCCCCACAUCCCCAAAAUAUACAGAAGUGGGGUUAGGUUAAUUGGCCACUUUCAAAUUGCCCGUAGGUGUGAAUGUGAGUGUUGAUGGUUGUACGUCUCUAUAUGUCAGCCCUGUGAUGAACUGGCAGCUUGUCCAGGGUUUCACCUGCCUUCGCCCAGAGAUCCUGGGAUAAGCUCCAGCCCCCCUGCGACCCCCAGCAGGAAUAAAUGGUAGAAAAUGGAUGGAUUGAUGGAUUUAUCUUCAUCUUUGUUUGUUUUCUAGGCUUUAUUGUCCAAGGAACUGUUUACGGGACAGUCAAACUCGAGUCAUUGGGUCGAAAUACUACUCAGACGUGAGUUGUUGCUGAUCAUUGCAGGUUAUAUUUUAUGGUUUAAAAAAAGCUGGUUGAUCUUUUCCAUUUACUGCAGACUGACUUGGCAUAUCAUAGAAAGCACCAAAGUGUCCCCCCACAUCCAAAAACAUGAAAAACAGUACAAGCAUUCAACCGAACAAGACAAUAGAUGUAAAAGUCAGAUAGACAAUGAGUGCAAAAGUUGGACACUAAAACAAUAAAUAAUAGAUUAGUCAUUUAAAAAGCCAACAGCAGCGGGGACAAAUAAGUUUUUGGUCUCUUAGUCCUGGUGGCUAUCAUCAGCCAGGAUACAUCCAGCCUUCUUAGGUGUCCUCUCUCUGGAAAUGUGAGACCAGAUUUGGGAGAGUCUGCCCCAUGAUUUCUCAAGAACACAUAACAAUUAUGCACUGCUCCUCAUAGUGACUUUGGCACUCAUUUAUUCUAGAAUUUCAUCAACCAUUUUAUCAGGCUGGGGUCGAUGCUAUGAACACUCUUAAGUCACUCUGCUAAAGUGAAUGGGGGUAUACCGUUAUAAGACGAGGAGAAAUCAAUGAGAAGUAGUCGCACAAAUGUCUUUGGUCCCUCAGUCUGCUAGUUGUGACAUCAUGGCCCUAGAUUUGGAGAUUUUGGGGGGAUAUAUUUUGACAGAAGAGCAUCUGAAGGACAGGAAUGGGAGUUGGGGGUGUGACCAGGAACUGAUCCCAUUACUGCUUCAACUAGGGCUGCAGCUUCUGUACAUAGCGUGCCUGCUUCAACAACCCCAGCCCCUAAUUUAGUUUUUGUUUUAAAAAUCAAAUUUUCCUUCAGAAAUCCAGCAUCUGCCGAGCAGCCAUUCAUGCAGGAGUGAUUCAGACAGGGUCAGGAGGGUACCUGGAUGUGAUGCCCGUGGAUCGAAGGAGGCAGUACAUUGGUAGCUACCAGAAUGGCAUCACUUCAGAGAGGUACAGUCUACAGUCUUAGAGUGAAGAAAAUAAUUUUACAAAAUUUGGCAAAUAUACAUAUUUUUGAUUAAUGCAGAUUUUACCUAACUUAUAGGGGUGUAACGAUUCAUCUACAACCUCUUUGUAUCAAUUUAUAGUCCUAUGAUCGAACUAAAUUGAUCUCUGGACAACAUAUAUUGAUCUAAAAUCAUUUUAAAAUGUAAUAAAUUGAUUGUAUCAAUACUAGGAAAUAACCCAAAGGUUUAAGCACGGCAGACUGUACAUGGAUGUUUUUUUUGUUUGUAAGUUUUUUUCACUUUAAAUAAUAAAAACAUUAAGCGUUACUCGAUUCAAUCUACUGGUCUGUGAGGUCAUCACCACAUGUCAGCAGACAACAAAACAUAGCAUGGCUGAUGGCAGAGGAGAAGUAAGCAAGAAAUUAUUAAGCCAUCGUUGCGGUCCAGUGUAUGUUGAAUUUAAAUUAUUUCUAUGCAGAAAAGCAAAGCAGAAGUAGCAGGGAAACCUACUGUUAAUUCAUCUUGAAGAGAUGUUGGUUGCACUUUAUUUUUGAUAUUAAUACUGUAUUAUUUUUGCAUUGAAAAACUAAAGCAGAAGUAGUAGAAAUGAUGGAUGCACUUACUCCAUUCAAAAUUUAUUGAAUAGUUAAAUUGAGAACAGAAAAGGUGAAUUUCCUGUGAAUUCAACCUGGACUGGCAGUUGCACUUCAUUAAAAAAAAGUGAAUGCAUUUGCAAUUAAUUGUUGUAAUUAAUUUAUACCUGAUUCCCUUACAAGGAACAACAGUAAUCUAGGAAAUUUCACCUGCACUGUCCAGUAUCCAGGUAUUUAUUUGAUACACUGGUUGAGUUUUUGACUUAAAAGUUAAUGAGUUGGUUUCAAGUUACUGAAUCAUUUCAGAUCGUAUUGUUGUAAAUAAUCCAAUAUUGUCCUUGAAUUGAAUCAGCAACCACGAAUAAGAAUACAAAUCGAAUCGUUUAAAUAAAUCAUUACACCCCCACUAACUUAACAUAAUUUUUAUCAUAGUACAAGUUUAAUUUCUUAAUCACCGAUGCUUUGGUCAGACAGAUGUCAUUUAUCUGAUAAGUUUAUCUAAAAUAAUUAACCAUUUUUUCUUCUCCGUAGCCUGCUGAACCCGACAGCUGGAAAAGCCUUCAGAGUAUUUGCAGUCAUCUAA